AUGAAACUCGUCCGCUUUCUCAUGAAGCUCAAUACCGAGACGGUGACCGUCGAGCUCAAAAACGGGACCAUCGUCCACGGCACCGUGACCGGUGUCGAUAUGAGCAUGAACACCCAUCUCCGCGCUGUCAAGAUGACUGUCAAGAACAAGGAUCCCGUUUCCCUCGAUACCCUCAGCAUCCGUGGCUCCAACAUUCGAUACUUUAUCCUUCCGGAUUCUUUGCCAUUAGAUACCCUUCUCAUCGACGACUCGCCCAAAAGCAAAUCCAAAAAGAAAGCUGCUGCAUCGGGGCCACCAUCAACAAGGGGACGCGGUCGGGGUCGUGGUGGUGCAAGAGGCGGACGCGGUGGACGUGGUCGUGGUCGUUUCUAA